AUGAUUUCACAACUACAAGAAAGGCUUUGCUUAUGGAAUAAUAAAUUGACACCGUAUUGGUUACCAUCUGAUGAUCCGAUUGGUCAACGAUGUCAUAUUCAUCUCAGACGUCGUUAUCUAAUGGUAGAUCAUUUAAUGCGCGAGUCCAAUAGUCUACUUUUGCUCUGUAUGGCCAAACGUUCAGAGUUACUUGACGAACAUCAGAAACAACACUGCAACCAUUCGUUAUUUCAAUUGGUCAGCGAACUGAGAGACAAGGAUGGUAGUCCAGUUUUGACCAAAUGUUUUCAAGGCAGCAAACGAUUCGAACGACAAUGUGGCCCAUUACGUCAAUGUUGUAAUGCCUAUGAUGGGAUCUUAGCGGAAGCGGAAGUUGAAGUUCAAUAG